AUGUCCUGGCCGAGAAACCGGAGGGCCAAGAGGCCGGAACUCUUCCGGCCUUCUUGUCCUCUGGCCGGCAAGCGUCGGAGGGGAAAGUGGGGCAAGACCCAAUCUAUUACUCAACCGGAAGGGGACGUCGACCAAUUCAGGAAGUGGGGCCUUGUUGCCUCCACCUCUUCCGCGUGUCACCCACACCAUCUGUCACAUUCUAUCACCAUCUCACAAAAGGGAGCAAAGAAAGCCGAUGGUAUUUUAUGCGUGUCGGUCUCGACUCUCGAGGCCCGGAUGGAGGGUUCGGAAGACAAUGGGCAGCUGGGCUUUGCCGGAAUCGAUUCCGGCCACGAUGUAUAUCAGCGCGCCGUGUCACCUAACACACUGCUCUUCGACGCAAGAUAUACAUCAACCCCUGAGAUCCCCCAUCCCACUGUAACACAGCUACACUCAUACAACCCAUCCACCCCUACCCUCCCAAACAUGGGCUCCAUCGAAGCUCUCUCGUCCUCCACCACCUUCCCCGUCCUGGACGACCCCCGUCCAGACGACACCUCCCUCCCAGCCUUCAUGGUCUCUACCACCCGUGGCUUCCUCCCCCGUGCCCAUCCCGUGGCGACGCUGCCCGAGCCCUUUGCCCCUCUCGAGUCCCUCCUCGCCCGCAUGCCCGUCCGCACCUUGUCCGGGGAACCGGGUCUCCUGGCCGAGUCCAAGUUCGGCGAAGCCGUCCUCGCCGAGCUGCCCGAUCUCACCGACGAGGUGGAACGCUUUGCCCAUGACCUGCCCGUCAUGAACGCCUUGUACCGGGACUACUCCUUUGCCGCGUCGGCCCAUCUGCUCGAACCAUGCCAUGAGCGCUUCGUCAGGGGCGAGCCUUAUGGCCUGGCCCGGGAUCGUCUCCCGAAGUGCAUUGCCCGGCCUAUGGCCCGGUGUGCUGAGAUUACCGGCUUCAAGCCCUGGAUGGAAUAUGCCGGCUCCUAUGCCCUCUACAACUACCGCCUCGAGGAUCCCGAACAGGGCAUGGACUACUCCAACCUCCGUCUCAUCCGCGCCUUCGAGCAUGGCCUGGACCCCACGUCCUCGGAAGCCGGCUUCGUCCUUGUCCAUAUUGAAAUGGUCAAGCACUCCGGGCCCCUCGUCAAGGGCGCCACGUCCCUCCUCUCCCUGGCGGCCGAACACCCCGCCCCGUCCUGUGGGUUGCCCCUCCCCCUCCCCCUCCCCCUCCCCCAGCGCCGUGCCGUCAACACCGCUCUCAGCGACAUCCUCGCCGCCCUCCGCCGCAUCAACGCCGCCAUGGAGACCAUGUGGUCCAAGUCCCGCCCGGCCUCCUACACAUCCUUCCGCACCUUCAUCUUCGGCAUCACCUCGCAGUCCAUGUUCCCCCACGGCGUCGUCUACGAGGGCGUGCCGCCGGAAGAGCCCCAGUCCUUCCGCGGCGAGAGCGGCGCCAACGACUCCAUCGUCCCCCUCAUGGAUAACCUCCUGCAGGUCCCCAUGCCGGAUACCCCGCUCACCACCAUCCUCCGCGACUUCCGCGACUAUAGGCCCAGCAACCACCGCGCCUUCCUCGGCCACGUCGCCGACCGCAGUGCCCAGCUCGGCCUCAAGCGGUUGGUCCUCGCUUUGGACGAGGAGAUGACCGCGGCCGAUGGUGACCACGACCACGACCACGACGGCGACGGCGACGGCGAGGAGGAGAGGAAGGAGGCCGUACGCAUGUCCCGCCGCCUGUGGCUGAAGAUCCUGCACCAGGUCCGCGACUUCCGCUGGCGCCACUGGUGCUUUGCUCGCGAGUACAUCCUCAAGCGGACUAGCCACCCCACCGCCACGGGUGGCAGCCCUAUCGUCACAUGGCUUCCGAACCAGCUGCAGGCUGUCCUGGCGGAGAUGGAGCAGAUAUACGUUGGUUUGAAAGGCCGAGACGGUGGGGAGUGGGCUCUUGGCGAGGAGAUCUCGGAUAUCAUGGACCUUGUUGGGCGGCAGAAGGAAAUGUUGAGGAAGGAAGUUGGCAAGUAUUGUGCCGAGCGCGGCGUUUCUCGGUCCUGAGCCGUCAGUGAGGAUUCCCUUCACAUCUGUCUGUCCUUAACGCUUCCCUGAUCACACAGACGCUCUGAAUGAUUUCAUGCAUAGUCCCCAAGAUACGAGAACAUGCUGGUACAAGCUAGAAUUCGAAACCCCUCCUUUCU